AUGUCCUCUUCGGCAGCUGCCUUUGCUAUGCAUCAUCAGGAACCGGACUUGAGUGAUCCAAAGAAGAAGGCUCUUCACAAGCUGUAUAGACCAGAACGAAUCACUCCCAAUGAAAAAGGAUAUGAACUUCUCAACACUUCUCGAUUGAACAAGGGCUUGGCGUUCUCCCAUACUGAACGGCAAUAUCUUGGAAUUCAUGGACUUCUGCCACCGGCUUUUAUGACACAGGAACAGCAGGCAUAUCGUGUAAUGAAGAGAAUUCGGGAAGAAGACGAUAACUUGGGAAAGUACAUCAUUCUGGAUGAACUGCAAUGCCGUACUGAAAAACUCUUCUAUCGAGUUUUAUGUGAAAAUGUCAAGGAACUGAUGCCCAUCAUUUAUACUCCCACAGUCGGUUUAGCUUGCCAAAAAUUUGGAUCCAUCUACCGCCAUCCUAAAGGGCUCUACAUUACUAUCCACGAUAACAGUAUAAGUAAAAUUUAUCAGAUUUUGUGCAAUUGGCCAGUAUCGAAUGUGCAGGCUGUCGUGGUAACUGAUGGCGAACGAAUUCUUGGUCUUGGUGAUCUCGGUGCGUACGGUAUGGGAAUUCCAGUUGGCAAACUUGGUCUUUAUGUUGCUUUGGGUGGAAUUCAACCUCAGUGGUGUCUACCAGUUGUCAUAGAUGUUGGCACAAAUAAUCAGAAAUUGCUGGAUGACCCACUCUACAUCGGUCUUCGACAGAGGAGAGUCCGUGGUGCGGAGUACGACCUGCUAAUUGAUAACUUCAUGAAAGCAGUAACUAAGAGGUUCGGCGCCGAUACACUGAUUCAAUUCGAAGAUUUUGCCUUCCAAAAUGCCUAUACGUUACUGGACAGAUACAAGAACGAGUACUGUACAUUUAAUGACGAUAUUCAGGGAACGGCGGCGGUUGUUGUUGCUGGUUUACUUGCGACAAGUCGAAUCGAUAAGUUGAAAUUGUCACAGAAAAAGAUAGUAUUCCUUGGUGCUGGAGCGGCUGGUUUGGGUAUAGCGGAGUUAUGUGUGGAUCAGAUGAAGGAUGAAGGGCUCAGUGAGCAGGAAGCUCGUAACAACAUCUACUUGUUGAAUAGCAAAGGGCUUAUCACCAAAGAGCGUUGCCGCAAGGAGGAGAGGCUCACUGCACGCCAUGAACAGUUUGCAAAGGAUCUCCCGGAAACUGGAAGUCUACUAGAGGUGAUCAAAAUGGUGAAGCCGCAUGCUUUAAUGGUCCGUCUCAAUUUAUGUGAAUUGGAGGAGUUUGGAGAAUUGUUUAUGGGUGCUGCAUUGUUCGCAUCUGGAUCGCCAUUCGACAACGUUGAACUGAAUGGAAGGCUCUACAAACCUGGUCAAGGCAACAACUCAUAUAUCUUCCCCGGGGUAGCGCUUGGAGCUGUGCUCUUCAAAGCGAAACACAUCCCCGACAAAGUGUUUCUACUUGCGGCAAGGCGAGUUGCUGAAUCAGUAACCGAAAAGUCGCUCAACGAGUAUUCUCGCCUGUACCCACGACUCAAAGAUAUCCGUGAGCUGUCUGUGCAUAUCGCACUCGAUAUUGGAAAAUAUCUUUAUGAAAACAAUCUUGCCACUCUCCAUCCUGAACCUAAGGAUAAGGAAAUGUUCAUCCGUCAGCAAAUCUACAAUUAUGAAUAUGAACCAUCGAUCAAUGAUCAGUAUGAUUGGCCUGGGAAGGAUGAAUGCGAUGAAUCUCAUGUGCCUAUACUUCCUCGAUCCGAUUCUAUGGAUGAUGAAUAG